AUGACGGUGGCGGGCGCACGGGUGGCCGCUCGAUUCGCAGUCGCCUUUCUAGUGGCCGCUCUCGGCCACCCGGCUCUGCUGGGAGUGGGCGCCACCUUGAACUCCGUGCUGGUCAAUUCCAAUGCGAUCAAGAACCUGCCCCCGCCGCUGGGUGGCGCUGCCGGCCACCCCGGCUCCGCCGUCAGCGUGGCGCCCGGGGUGCUGUACGAGGGCGGGAACAAGUACCAGACCCUGGACAACUACCAGCCGUACCCCUGCGCCGAGGACGAGGAGUGCGGCUCGGAUGAGUACUGCGCCAGCCCGCUCCGCGCGGGGGCCGCGGGCGCGCAGAUCUGCCUGGCCUGCCGGAAGCGGCGCAAGCGCUGCGUGCGCCACGCCAUGUGCUGCCCCGGGAACUACUGCAAAAACGGGAUAUGUGUGCCUUCUGACCACAGUCACUUCCAUCGAGGAGAAAUCGAGGAAACCAUCAUUGAAAGCUUUGGUAACGAUCAUGGCACCUUGGAUAGCUACGCCAGGAGGACCACGCUGUCUUCAAAAAUAUAUCACACCAAAGGUCAAGAAGGUUCCGUCUGCCUGCGAUCCUCAGACUGCGCCACCGGCUUGUGUUGUGCUAGACACUUCUGGUCCAAAAUCUGCAAACCUGUCCUCAAAGAAGGUCAAGUGUGUACCAAGCACCGGCGAAAAGGCUCCCAUGGGCUGGAGAUAUUCCAACGCUGUUACUGCGGAGAAGGGCUGUCUUGCCGGAUACAGAAAGACCACCAUCAAGCCAGUAAUUCCUCCAGGCUUCACACCUGUCAGAGACACUAAGCCAGCUGUCCGAAAUGCAGUGGACUCCUUUUAUAUAAUAUAUGCUACGGAAAUCUUUUAUGACUUUUAUCAGUUCAGUCCUGAGAAUGUACACGUUUUGUGGUGAUCGUUUAAGCAUUCCGACAAUACCUU